UCAGCCUCGACUUAGAUACCCAUCAGAUAUAAUUUGCGUACAGCCCAAUUCAAGCCACUGAUAACCGUAUAAACUUUUACCCAAGCCUUCACGUGAGCAAAAUUCAGAAACGUGCAUCAAAUAUGCUUUGCGGACGUUUUCAAGGGAUCCAAUACUCCACGAUACUGCACACAAACAGCCUUGUUGCGCACCGGCACGUUCAAGCUGUCUCUCUUCAGCAGCAUCAACCACCUCCUACUGGGUAUUACCCGUCAAUAUUACCAAUAUGUACCAGCAGCGGCGCCCAGAAGCUCCAGCCCUCAACGCUUCUUCCUGAGGUACAGGAACACCCACUCUUUAACCCGCAAGUACCUGCAUGGUACCUCAAGCCGCUGCAAUGGCCACCGCAUAAUGUCCGUAUCGGCUCCGUACCUACAACAGCCAAGCGAAUCUUGCUCCUCUAUUGCAUCGCAUCCCCAACGAAAAAUAAUGACUCUCACUCACAGCCACAUUGCAUUUCGAAAGCCCAGAUUCCACAUCAUUCGCGCAACGGAUAUAUCGUCGCAAAAAAAGAAGAAGAAGAAAAGCCACCGAGUAGAAGAAAAAAAAAAUUAAUGAAUAAAAUAAAAAAUAAAUUACUGCCACUUGGCCAUACUACUACCUAGUACUAGUAAAUCUGAACAAUGGUGGUGGCGCCCAUGGCGAGCUACUGUAAUUUUUCUAUUUUUUUUCUCCAGAGUUUCUCAAUCCGCCAUCCACGUUUGGACACAACUAUAAAUUAUCAUUCCCACUUGCGUGCCGACGUACCUACCUGGUUGAAAAGAUCAUGUUUCCGGAACCUACCGACCUAAGGUAGUUAGUACUGGUAACCAACUCUA